ACAAAAAAAAGAAAAAUUAUAUAUAAAAAAAAAUAUUUGUUUCUCUUCUUUUUUGUAUUUUCUCUCUGUCGUUUCGUUCCGUUCAUCUUUGAUCUCCGUGUUGAAGUUGUAACAUCAAUAUUCGUGAGAAAAAGAAGAAGAUAUAUAGUAUAUAAGAUGGGUUUUCUUCACAAGCUUUGGGACGAAACGUUGGCGGGUCCCACACCCGAAACGGGUCUGGGCAAGCUCCGAAAGUUUAACAACUCAUCCGCCGGCGGCCCAGCGGUGGCGGAGGAUGUUCCGAUCAGCCGCAGCAUCACCAUUAUUCGGACUCACUCUGCUUUGGGAAGCACCUCAACCUCCGCUCCUGCCUCUCCUUCUUCUGUGCCUGACACCCCUUGCACCCCCUUCUCUCCGGAGGCGCCGGGCGGUGGUGUCAAGAAAUUCACGAGGAGAAAAUCGUCAACGGUGGAGGGUGCUGCAAAUAGAAGUCCGACGAUUUACGAUUGGUUCUCUGGGUGAUUAUGAGCUCUUUGGAUCGCUACUGAGAGUGGAAAUGAGAUGUUUUGCUUUUGAAUUGACUUGAAUAUCAUCCCGCAGAGGCAGAGAGGGAUUACGUUUUCUGUACAUACAGCAACACUGAUUUCAAUUUCCAUAGGGAAUCAUGCUAUUUUAUGCAUUGCACCUUAUUAUUAUGUACAUAUUAUAUGGUAUAAAGUAUACGAAUACAUAAGUACUACCUGCUAAUAAAAUGGCUCAGGUGAUUUGCAGGGUCUAUCCACCAGAUUUUGAGUCAGUGCUUCAUGGGAUUCCAAGGUUGUCAAAGAGUACAAAACCA